CCACAGCGACGCUGAGGAGCAAUUGACGCCCAGGUAGACAUUACUAUCACAUACAAAGAUAACACCUAACCCUACCUAAGUUUACAGAGGAAAAAUAGGGAAGGGAGUAGAGGCUGUUGGUACCUUUUCUAGAUAGCUAACCUGGGUGACCUGGAUAGCUCAUACACCUGUGUGAGCUUCACUGGAAAUGUAGCUGCAGUCCUCCAGCCAAGCCACAGGAAACACGCCACCAUGGGAGAAGCUCAAAAGGGCUUACUCUCUGUCAUUGAGAAACUGAAGGGAUCCGCAGAGCAGGAGGUCAGGAUAGUGCUUCUGGGGUUGGACAACGCCGGCAAAACCACCCUGUUGAAGAGCCUGGCCUCUGAGGAUGUGAACACCAUCACACCAACACAGGGCUUCAACAUUAAGAGUGUUGCCUCACAUGGCAUGAAACUCAAUGUUUGGGACAUCGGAGGACAGAGGAAGAUCAGACCCUUCUGGAAAAAGUACCUGGAUAACACAGACCUGUUGAUUUAUGUUAUUGACAGUGCAGACAAGAAGCGGUUUGAGGAGACGGGACUGGAGCUGUCUGAGCUGAUUGACGAGGAGAAUCUAAAGGGCGUUCCAGUGCUCAUCUUUGCCAAUAAACAGGAUCUGGCCACAGCGUCACCAGCCAGUGAGAUCGCUGAGGGACUCAACCUGCAUACAUACCGGGACCGUGAAUGGCAGAUUCAGGCCUGCUCAGCUGUGUCUGGGGAGGGAGUUCAGGAUGGCAUGAACUGGAUUUGCAACAACAUAGUGAAUAAGAAGAAGUGAACCAGCAUCCAACCAGUCAAACAGGGAACCAGCUUCACAUAAGGGAAUAAAUAAACAAACAUCAACACACCUCACCUAUGACAGGUCCUGCUCCUCCCCCCUCACAGAUUUGAAUGACAGUUCUGUUUUUACAAUUUGUGUAAUUUUUCUAAGUAUUUUGCAAAUGUAGCUAAUUUAAAGACUGCUUUUUAGCUACAAUAAGUGAUUAUUAAUCAUUGUUAUAUCGUUAAAAUGUAUGUUCCCCUUAUCCCAAGGAUCCUUGUCUGGUGAAUUUGUGUGCAUUAAACCAAGCUGAGUGUGUAGACAUGUAGAUCUGUUGGGGUUUGUCAGUUACGUAGACAUCAGUUCAGUGUGAGUGUAUGUGUUUUGAGAUUUUUG